UCAUUGUCUUUAGCAUUUGCUUCUUUCCAUCAUCAUCAAAUCCUAAUGAUAGGCGUAGGUCUUCGCAGAGCGUUGACGUGUCGCUCAAGCACUCAAUAUGGCAUACGGAUACCCACUACACCAAUCGAUAGCCUUUCAGCGGGAUCAUCUUUACGCACAUAUGCCUCGAUAGCAAGAACACCAAUCCUACCAGUCAAGCCAGUAUGGCAACCACAGAGGAUCACUGGAUUACCACAUCAGCUAAACAAACUUCUUUCCAUCUCCAGUUCUCGCUCUUACGCCACACACAAGGUAAAAGUUGCACCCGAACAUGAAACAUUUGCAGAACGAUUACGACAAGCAGAAGCAGCCGAGAUGAAUCGAGUAGAACAACAAGAAGAUUGGAGGAUACCGGAAUCAGAAGCAAAACCACCAAAAAUACUUGAACCGAUUCUAUACUUGUUCGUUGCUGGCGCGACCGCAUAUACUUGGGCAGCAUGGAAAACUGUCAAGGAAACAAAAGCGAUCGCAAAUGGUAUACGGGAAGGUUCGGAUGUAUUUGGAGAUUUUACUAGCUUCUUAUCUGCAAGAUUAUCCGGUGACGAUAAGGGAGCUUCGGGUGGCAUAAGCGAGGCACAAUUGCGCUCGGCAAGAAGGCAUGAACUGGCUGUCAGGCUCGGAUGGAGAAUGCAAUGGUUGAUGGGAUGGUGCGAUCAGCUGUACCUGCCUAAAGGCGCUAAGCAGGCCAUCGGAUCUGCGUACCUUACAGUAGCAGAUUGGUACCUGAAAUUGCCGGAGGAUAAACUGGUCACCGUUCCAGUACUUGCUUGCACGACUGUCGUAUUUCUAGCAUUGAACUUCAGUCGUACUGGAGCUUUUGGCAAGAACACAUUCGCCUUCCUGCGAAAGAAUAUGAUGCACAUUCCUGCGGCAAAUCGUCUUCAUACAAUGACAACAUCCGUUUUCUCUCAUCUAGGAAUCGGACAUAUCCUUUUCAACUCUCUUGCACUCUUUUCGUUUGGCGGUGCAGGUUUAACCGCUUAUACGUUCCUGCAUGAUGGAAACGGAUACAAAUUACACACUCCCGAGGCAACAACAUUCUAUCACUUUUUGGCAUUCUUCGUGACUGCAGGAACGUUUGCUAGUGUAUUCUCACAUAUUUUCACACGAAUCCUUCUCCAAAGAGCAAACCAAGCUUAUGGUACGGAAUUCGCAAAAAGAAUGACCGGAAGAAUACCCGGAUUAGGUGCAAGUGGGGCGGUAUAUGCAUUAGUGAGUGUGUUUGCAUUUGCUUAUCCAAAAGAACGAGAAAUGCAGAUCGCAUUUAUCCCUCAAUUGCAUGCACCUGCAAAAGACUUUUUGACAACUAUGAUCAGUAUAGAAACAGGAUUUUUGGUACUUUCUUUGGUCAGAGCGCGAUUCAUCGGAUUUUUCGAUCAUGCUGCCCAUAUGGGAGGGGCUCUGUUUGGAUAUCUGUAUUUCCGAUAUGGAAACGUGAUUUGGGAAAGCCUUAAACACGAAAUUUAUCAACAAGAUGAACAAUUUCAAACCGCAAAUUAUAAAAUUGACAAGAAUAAAAUCCAAAGUGUUCCUGUCCAGCAAUCCAGGCACGGAAACCCGACUAGAAUCGUUUAAAUGCCGAUCUCUAUGAUUCCACUAUUCCACCGCUCUUUUAGCAUGUACUUUUCACGGUCUAAAAUGAAUUAUUGAAUUCUUUGCA